UAAAAAUUUCAAGGAAAAAACACACACAACCUCCUUCCUCCCUUCCUUCAGGGAGGGAAGAGAGUUUGAGCGGAGAGAAAAAUCUAUCCGAGACAGAACAGGGACAGUGCGAAAAAUAUAUGAGUGGGAGAGGGAGAAGGAGGAGGAGGAGAAGGAGGGGGGAGCAAAUUAAAAGUUGCCAAAUGGAGAUAUUGGGUUUCAAGAGGAGUGAGACAGGAGUAAAGGGUUUGCCUCUUUGAGUCGUCUUUAUGUUGUGCAAAUCGCGAUAAAUAUGUAUGGCUCGACACGGUUUAGUCCUCUGGCAUUUUCGACGGAUUCCACCCGACGUUUCCAAAAUAGGCGUCGUCGACAUCGCAGCUAGCUUACCAGAACAGGCCGGUGUUUAUCGUUAAAAUGUUGCGUAGCGUCCAGCCCGGAGAGCUACCCGACCAGAACACGGGCUGGUACAGAAUCCCCCGAUUGAAACGCGUCCGUUCGGUAUAUCGAGACAAAUGUGACGUUUUUCAUGCUGGCAGAUGAGCCAUAUAGAGGACAAAUGAAAGCCUCCCCAACAGAGAAAGAAAGAUCACGUCAGCGACGGGCGUUUUGUGCUGCUUGAAUGCGAUUAUCAUUCUGUCGAUUCAGUCUAUUUUUGGAAAUAAAACUUGCAAGCUGUACAUUAGCUGGCUUAAACCAACCAUACGGCUCCAUACAGUAGCAGGACUACAGCAGGGACCAACGUUAGCUUGCUCUACGCCGAGGCAUGCAUGCUACGGCGGAUUUCGGAGACAUGAAUUUGAGCUCAAACAUACACACAUUCCUAGAAAAGAUGGUUUUAUUUUAACAACCCUGAUCAAUAUUGUCGCCAAACGUGCAAAUAGUGCUUUUGAGCUACAUUAAACGCUCAUUUCUGUCAGAAUAGGCAUGCUUUAUGCUUUAGUUUACUUUUUAUUUAGUGGAAUAUAAAGUGCUCAACUGUUGACGUUCACGUUGGUAACAUGUUGGUAUUAACAUUUGCAUUUUUGGUUUGAUUCUUUUGGAUUAUUGAGAGAAAGGAUUGGGGUGUUAUUGAUUAUUUUGCAUAUAAACCGCCCGCAUUUGGAGCUUUGUUGUGUAAUAAACUUAUUACUUUGUUAAUCGUUUGGAUUACGUUUUUUGUUUGGAAAGGUCGACAUUACUUCCUCACAAUUUACAAAGCAUUGAUUGUCCACUUUUGAAGGACCGAGUAGCCUCACUGCCUGUGGUAGCACUGACGACAAAAUGUCGUCUAUUUGGUGUGGGUAUUAAAAAAAAAAAAAAAAAGACAAUAUUCGGUAAUAUAAUGAGCGUUUAGCAGGUUUCUUGGUAUUAAAAGUCACAGUGCAGUAAGUUUUAAAAAGCCUAUUUUGUACAGCAGCCCAGUCGUUCUUUGUUCUCCUUGAACUAAAGAUGGAGGCUGAACGUGGCUCUGUUGUAAAGACAGCCUAUGUCAUGGUAACAGCCAUUUUGUAGCAUUGCAGCUACGUUUUGCACUUACCCAGGAACACAGCCUACGUUUCUCCAGGACUUCAACACAGUACAACGCAACCUAUGAUUGAAAGAGCAUUUAUAUUUCAAAUCCUGGAUUAAUUGACUAUAGGAAUUUUGAAUUUCUGACAUAUUCCCUCACCAUGUUUUCCACAUUGCUUAAAACAACUAUUACGAUAGACAAAGUCAAUUGAUAGGUAUCCAAACCCUCAUAACCCGUUACUCUGUUGGAUCAAAUUAGUACUCAUGGGUGUAGUUUGGUCCCCUUUUUAUAAUGUAGCACCAAGAUAGCUGCACACUGUUGCUGGCUGACAUAAUAUAAAGCCAACACCUCUUACUAGAAAUUCAAACAACCAUUCAAGGUAUAAAGGAAGCAGGGUGGAGUUAUUUACACUCGAUUGGCCAUUUUCAGUCUGGGCAGACCACCAAUGUGGGACAGCAGAGGAGGGUAAUGGGUGGGAGUUUGUGUGUCAGAGACAAACAUCUGUAGGAGGGGAUGAAGGCCAUCCUGCCCUUAACUUACUCUCAUAGCACUGAAUAACAUAUCUGUCCGCCUCUUUCUCCCCCUCCCCCAUUUCACACACUCAUCUCUUUCAUUAUCUCACCUACAUUACUCUCCAACACUCCCACGCCCUCUAUUUCACAUGUUUAUUUUAUUUUCGCCAUAUUACUAAAUGCAGUUUCUCACCCUGCAGCCCAGGAAGCAAAGGGUGUUAAAUGACUGAAUUCAUGCUUCCUGCUGGAAAUCUGUGUCAUGGAUGAUGAGGACGAUCGCCAUCUUCUGGAUAUUUUAGGAGAUGUGGACGCAUUGAAUGACUAUCUCCAUGGCAGCAACAGCAAGUCUAUUGAGGAGGAUGAUGUAACAAAUGCAGCUUAUGGGUCGGAUGGAUCCUUCUUUUCUAGUGACACGGUUGGCUCCAACUCUGGCCUCAAGGAUGGCUCUUCAACAAUGGGUGAAUUCUGUGAGGAUUCAACAGGGGCAGGCCUCCAGCUCUCCAGCACCCUUUCAUUUAUCGAGGAUGAAUUGGGGUCUGGGAACUCCCCUGGAGGGGUGGAUUUCGGGGGAGAGGACCAGCCCUUUGACAUACUACAGAAGUCUCUCAUGGAGGCCGACAUCACGGAGCAGACAUUGGCCCAGGAGGCCUUGCUAGACUCGCAGCCCGCUCCCACUUUGGUGCAGGCUCCUGUGUCCUUCCCCUCCCAGCUGGUCUCUGGGGGUUAUGGAGGGGGAGUGGGUGUGGUAACACCGGCGACAGCUGCGUUCCCCACAGGUCAAUUCCUGCAAGGGGUGUCCCAGCUGCCCAAUGGCUCCGCCCAGCACAUCCAGGUGUUGGGCUCCUUUGGGGCAGGUGGUGGUGUGAUGACUCUGAGCAGCUUGGAGAGAACUUCUCAACUUGUGCUGAGGCCGGGUACGCCUGUAGCUGCAGCGGGUGCCGCUACAGGGGGGCAGGUGUUUGCCCCUAACCAAGGGCAGGUAGGCCAAGUUGGCUUACCGUUCAAAAACAUCCCCCUUCAAAACAUCAUCAUCCAGAGAGGCCCGGGAGGGACCCAGACUCUUGUCAGACCUAUCCAGCCUAAACCCCUUCAAGCUGGGACUCAGACUGUCUACAGCCUUGGUCUUCAGGCCACUCCCACCACCAUGGCUAAUGUAGUUAACGCUAACACUGCUUCUCCUGGGGGACAGUACACAGCCAAUGGCUCCAUUGUAGUGCAGUCGCCCCUGGAGCAGCAGCAAGCACAGGCCCAGACAAAUAUACCACAGGGACAGUUCUUGCUGCCCAGCUCUUUGGCACUCACUCCAGCUAGCACUAUCCACAAUGGCCCCGCUGACCCCAACUCAAAUGCCCUAAUUAGCAGUCAAAACGCAGUGCAGAUUGUUGCGGGGCAGAACUUCACUGCACCACCAGGAGGCCAGCUAAUUUUUAAUCAGGGAGCAGUCAGUAGGAGUCAGGUUGGAGGGGUUGUGACUCAAACAUGGACCGGAGUUUCUUGUGCGAACCCUGUGCAGACAUCGUGCGCUCCUGGGCGUCUGACUCUCGUUGGCCCAGCGGCGGCAGGGAUCGGCGGUCAAAGCCAAGUGUCGUCCAGCCCCGUUCAGCGCCUUCUAGUGACUCAAACUCAGAAUUGCACUUCUCUGUCCCCUUUAGCUGGUACUGUGACGCAGGAACAAGACUACAGACAGAAUUCUUCAUCACCUGCCCUAAAACAGGCACAGCUCAGCGGCAUCCAUGCCAUGACAACCAUGACUCAAAAUUCAAAACUGAACUCUCAGGUCAGUGCUCAGAAGAGACCUGCCCUUCCACCACUUACAAGAGGAGAAAUGAUUUUACAACAGCUGAGGAAGGAUCAUACUCGAGUUCAGACCCUAGAUCCGCGUCGAUUCAGUUCAAUCGAUGAUGCACUGCAAAGACUCCUCCCGUACCACGUGUUCCAGGGGGCUCCACCCAGCCAGGAGGAGUUCUCACAAGUUGAUGAAGAAUUUGAGGUAGUUGCAACUCAAGUGCUAAAGAGGACCCAUGCCAUGGUGAACAAAUACAGACGGCUACUGUUGGUGGAAGCUGAGCGUUCCAGUCCGUCAUCAGAAAUGGUGAUGAUUGACAGGACCUUCAACCAAGAGGAGCGCGGCAACUUGACACAAGACAAACGCAUGGUACUAGUGGAUCCAGACACCUUCUUGGAAGACUUCUGCUGUGGGAUGAAAUCGAAACUUUUCCAAGAUCCCUUCCCCUCUCAGUCGUCGUCCAAGUCAGACAGAGGCUCUACGGAGCCGCCGUACAGGACAGACUCCAAGCCCGGGUAUGGGGACCCGGGAGGGGGUGGAGCUGUAGUACCAGGUGCGGCAGAUAGACUCCACCCUUCACUCUUAGAAAACAAGAGUGUCCUGGAACUGAAGAGAUCCCAGCAACACUACGGGCCCAGCAGCGGCAGCAACAACGGCCUCAUCGCUGCCAACAGUUUUCCCCAAGGUAACCCCUCACCUUUGACAGCAACGUCAAGAGGACAGACACACUACCAGGUGUCUCACCCGCUGUCCUCUCAACCGAUCCAGCCCCAGUACCCCCCUCAGCUCACCUCGCCCCCUCACACCGACACAGACUCUGCUCUAGAGGCGGCAGUCAACAGCAUCUUGGAAUGUUAAGACUGAUGUCAUCCCCAAUGUAUGGUUUUGACUUCUUUUGUUGUGCGUACGUUUUUUGUUGUUGUUGUCCCACUCUCCUGUUGUAAUAUUUGUUGUAUUCCCCCG